UGUUCUCUUUCUUUAGAGUGCUAAGCCAAGCUUCUCUUCACACUUCCCUCAAAUUCACGCCCACGUGAAAGAAAGAUCACAAUGCAGCGAGUCAAAUUUCUAACUCCACUCACCUCGGCAGCGUUACUGCUCGUGUUACUGUUAACGUUGCUACGGCACUAUGCAAUUCACAAGGAAUCACCAACGACGCCCUCGGAGCUCUCCACUUCUUUCUAUGCUAAUACUUGUCCCGACUUCCCCAAGAUCGCUAGAAGCGUGAUUCGCUCUGAAGUUGCCAAUGACAGCCGAUCCUCUGCAUCCAUCCUCAAGCUCCACUUCCGUGAUUGCUUUGCUCAAGGCUGUGACGGAUCGCUGCUCCCCCAGGUCGGGAAGGAGCAAGGAGAUGGACGCUCCACCAAGGGACUCAAAAUCAUCAACAAUAUCAAGCGCGCCGUGGAGACUUCAUGCCCGGAAACUGUAUCAUGCGCCGACAUUCUUGCUCUGAGCGCCCGGGAAUCCGUCAUAGCCCUUGGUGGCCCGUCAUGGACAGUUGAAUUUGGUCGACGGGACAAUCCCAGCUCCACGAGCGUCGCUGCCGCGGUGGACGCCAUUCCCAGCCCAAAUCUCACCGCAACGCAGCUGAUUGAGAGCUUCCAAAAGCGGGGCCUUUCCAAGCGUGAUCUCGUAGCGCUCUCGGGAGGCCAUUCCAUCGGCCAGGCCCAGUGCUCCACAUUCAGCGCCCGCCUCUUCAACGGAACCGCAGGGGAUAGCAUCGAUCCGGCCCUCAAGUCCCGACUCGAGAAGACUUGCCCUCCAACAGCCCCAAACAGAUUGAACAAUUUGGAUCCCUCCCCCACCACGUUCGACAACUUGUACUUUCGAGCUGUCCAAGCCAAUCAGUCGCUCCUCUUCUCAGACCAGCAGCUGUUGCAGAGUGACCUGGCGGGCUUUGUCAAGGAGUUUGCGGACAACCAGAAGGCAUUUUUUAUCGCCUUCGCCAAUGCCAUGAUCAAAAUUGGUAAGCUCUCGCCUCUCACGGGAGGACAUGGUGAAAUUCGAGCCUCGUGCUAGUUCUUAUACGUCUAUCCUUUUUCACUAUACUCCAUUACAACAAAGAAAAUAAAACUUCACCUCAGUUCCAUCCGCAAUCUAUGCUUCAAACCAGUGUGUCCUAGAAG